AUGUCUAGUAUCGGUCGGAUAUCGGAGUUUAAUCCGUACGAAGAAGAUAUUAGUUCGUAUUUGUUACGUUUGAAACACUUUUUCAAGGCCAACGAGGUCAAGGACGUGAAGCAGGUCUCCAUCUUGAUUACUGUAAUAGGCCCUAAAAUAUUAGCCGUCCUCACCGAUCUUAUUUCUCCUAAGAAGAUUGAUGAAGAAUCUUACGAUAAUUUGAGCAAAAUCUUGGAAGAUCAUUAUUCUCCUAAACGCCUUGUGGUCGCUGAGCGUUAUACUUUUUAUAGUCGAUGCCAGAAACAAUCUGAAAGUAUUGCCGAGUUCGUAGUGGCAGUGAAGCAUUUGGCUUCGACGUGUGAUUUUGGAACAUUCUUAUCGGACGCACUGAGAGACAACCUAUCAGGCAGUGUUAAAUCUAAGGGUGGUGAACCUAACCUAACCCUAGGUAAGGCCGUUGAGCCUAAAGUCGUUUCUGGUUUGAAACAAAAGUAUGCCUCUGUGUUCAAAGGAGGUCCUGGUGAAAUUAAGGAUGUUGAGGCACGUAUUGUGCUAAAAGAGGAUGCUGUGCCAAAAUUUUGUAAAUAUCGCCCUGUUCCUUACGCGUUGCGUAAAUCAGUAGAAGAUGAGAUUGAUAGGAUGAUUGCUGAAGGUAUUGCUUAUCCCGUUACCAGCUCUCAGUGGGCUACUCCUAUUGUGGUGAUUCAGAAGAAAAGUGGGAUGCGACUCUGCGGGGACUUUAAAGUAACCCUUAAUCAAGUGAUCCAGUCGGAACACUAUCCCUUGCCUCAACCGGAGGACAUUUUUGCUACUCUAGCAGGUUGUAGCUGGUUUUCAGUUUUGGACUUGGAGGCAGCGUAUCUCCAACUUCCUGUGGUGGAGGAGUCCCAACCACUCUUGACUCUAACUACGCACAAAGGCUUAGUGCGUUUGCGACGUCUGCCGUAUGGUUUGUCUUCGGCUCCGGCUCUCUUUCAAGCGGCCAUGGACAAAAUUAUUGGUGGCCUACCUGGGUCAGUGGCAUAUUUGGAUGACGUACUGGUGGGUGGAUCUUCACAAGAGGAAGCGUUGUCACGCUUGGAGAGUGUUCUUCAACGUCUUCAAAGUUAUGGAGUCAAGACUGACCAUGCUCCUUUAGUGACAAUCUUUGGAAAUAAGCGGGGAGUUCCCUGUGUCGCCGCUGCGCGUCUUCAACGAUGGGCCCUGAUCCUCUCCGCCUACAGUUUUGAAGUAAAGUACCGCCGUGGCUUGGACUUGCCACAUGCGGACGCUCUUUCGAGAUUACCGUUACCUGAUGACGACCAAUUGGAGCUGGAUUCCAACUAA